CUCUGCCUAAGCCCACUGUUACACUGCAGCCAUCUUGGCCUCAGAUAUACAGCGGUGUGAUAUACAGCGGUGAGACAGUCACUGUCAGAUGUGAGAUUCAGGGAGGUGAAGGAGCUCAGUGGACGUAUGAAUGGAGACCAGACAAGUUAAACACACCUCCAACAUCCAAUGAAUACACAAUCAGCAGCGUUACUGAGUCUGAUGGUGGAGGAUACAGCUGUCGGGGCACAAGAAGCUCUUCCUGGACAGAGUGGAGUGAUGUCAUCACACUGAAUGUAAAACUUCACAUUAAGCCCACUGUGACCCUGCAGCCAUCCUGGACUCAGAUAUACAGCGGUGAGACAGUCACUGUCAGAUGUGACAUUCAGGGAGCUGAAGGAGCUCAGUGGACGUAUGAAUGGAGACAAAACAAGUUAAACACACCUCCAACAUCCAGUGAAUACAGAAUCAUCAGAGUCACUGAGUCUGACAGUGGAGGAUACAGCUGCCGGGGUAGGAGAAGCUUUUCCUGGACAGAGUGGAGUGACAUCACCACAUUGAAAGUAACAGCUCCUCCUAAGCCCACUGUGACCCUGCAGCCAUCUUGGCCUCAGAUAUACAGCGUUGUGAUAUACAGCGGUGAGACAGUCACUGUCAGAUGGGGCAGUGUGACGCUGACCUGUGAUGUGAAGGAUUUUGCUGACAUAGAAUAUGAGUUCAGAAAAACCUCAUCUGAAAAUGAGAUCAUCUCUUUUAGCUCUAAGAGUGCCAUCUCUGUCUCUGAUGGAGGCAUCUACACCUGCAGAGGAAGCAGAAGAAACACAAAUUUAGUCACAACUAAAACUCCUCCUAAGCCCACUGUGAUCCUGCUGUCAUCCGGGACUCAGAUAUACAGCGGUGUGAUAUACAGCGGUGAGACAGUCACUGUCAGAUGUGAGAUUCAGGGAGGUGAUGGAGCUCAGUGGACGUAUGAAUGGAGACCAGACAAGUUAAACACACCUCCGACAUCCAGUGAAUACACAAUCAGCAGUGCUACUAAGUCUGAUGCUGGAGAAUACAGCUGUCGGGGCACAAGAAGCUCCUCCUGGACAAAGUGGAGUGAUAUCACCACAUUGACUGUAUCACCUCCUCCUAAGCCCACUGUGUUCCUGCAACCAUCCAAAACUCAGAUAUACAGCGGUGAGACAGUCAUUGUCAGAUGUGAGAUUCAGGGAGGUGAAGGAGCUCAGUGGACCUAUGAAUGGAGUCCAGCAGAGUUAAACACACCUCCAACAUCCAGUGAAUACAGAAUCAGCAGUGCUACUCAGUCUGACAGUGGAGGAUACAGCUGUCGGGGCAGAAGGGGAAGUUUCUACACAGAGCGGAGUGAAAGCAUCAUGUUGACUGUAUCAU